AUGAGCCAUGGGACUCAAACGCCAGCCAAGGCAAAGGAUGACUGCGAUUAUAAGGAGGGUUCAGUCACAGCUUUCACCCUUGAAGAUGAGAAGAAGCUGGUCAGCAAAAUCGAUUGGCAUCUGAUGCCAUUGUUGAUCAUUUCGUACGGAGCUCAGUACCUCGACAAAACGAGCUUAUCGUACAGUGCAGUGCUCGGAAUCAAAGAUGACCUGAACCUCGUUGGACAGGACUAUAGCUGGGCAUCCAGUAUUUUCUACAUUGGCUAUCUCGUGGCUUCUUAUCCAAUUUCACUCGGAUUUGUCCGUUUUCCUCUUGGGAAGUAUCUUAGCAUUCUUAUUUUCGCAUGGGGAAUUGUUCUCACAUUCCACGCAUUGGCCCACAAUUACGCCAGCCUCAUGGUACUACGCACGUUUCUCGGUAUAUUCGAGUCGGCCAUUAGUCCUGGAUUCUCCUUGAUAACUGGCAUGUGGUAUACACCAAAGGAGCAUGUGUCGCGACAUUCGGUGUGGUUUUGUGGCAACGCAAUUGCAGGCAUUGUAGGGUCGAUGAUAUCCUAUGCCAUCUUGCACUAUAAUGGAGAGUUUCCAAAGUGGAAGAUUCUCUUUCUUACCUUUGGCUUGCUGACUGUCGCAUGGUCCGUCAUUCUCUGGUUCUUCCUCCCGGAUUCACCGUUGAAUGCCCGCUUCCUCACGCCUGCUGAGAGAGAAUUCGCUUCUCUUCGGCCAAAGAAAUUCCAACGCACAACACAGACCAAGAAAUGGGAUCGUGCUCAGUUCAUCGAAACAGUGACAGAUGCCAAGUCGUGGUGGUUCAUCCUAUUUUCGUUUAUCAUUUGCGUUCCAAAUGGCGGAACAACCAGUUUUUCCACCCUGAUCAUCAAGGGAUUCGGAUAUGAUGAAUAUCAAACAAUCCUGAUGGGCCUUCCUGCAUCUGCCUUUCAACUCACUACUGUGAUCCUGGCAGCAUUGUUCACCUCUUAUAUCCGCAAGUCCCGUCUUGUCGCCAUGGUUUGCAUCUACCUUAUGGCCAUUGCAGGCAUUCUCAUGGUGAAGCUCCUCCCCGAUGGGAAGAAACUAUCUCGACUUGCUGGUUUCUGGCUGGUGACUGCUGUCGCUCCAGCAUUCCCACUCAUGAUGUCGCUGUUUGCCAGCAACACAGCCGGUUUCACCAAGAAAUCAACAACGGUCGCCAUGAUAUUUGUGGGAUACUGUGUUGGGAAUCUCAUUGGUCCGCAGUUUUUCAAGAGCAGCGAGGCGCCAAAUUACCAUACGGCAUACACAACAAUUUUGGUGUGCUUUGCAAUCACUAUUGCUAUGGCGGUUUUCUUCUGGGCCUAUCUGGGGUAUAUAAACCGGAAACGAGACCAAGAACAGGGAACUCAUAUUGAUCCUGAGGAGAUCCGAGCAGUCGAUUUGGAGGCAGACACCGGCUUGGAGGAGGUUGACGAAACUGACAGACAGAAUAAAAGCUUUCGAUAUAUCCUUUAG